CUCUCCACAGAUUCUUCUCUGAGGAGAAUGGGCACAGGAAAUGACACCUCAGACACAGACACCUCAGUUUCUGAAUUUAUCCUUGUUGGUUUAACAGACGAACCAGAGCUCCAGCUCCCUCUCUUCUUCCUGUUCCUUGGGAUAUAUGUAGUCACUGUGGUGGGGAACCUGGGCUUGAUUGUUUUGAUUGGUCUUAAUUCUCAUCUUCAUACCCCCAUGUACUAUUUCCUCUUCAAUCUGUCCUUUGUAGAUCUCUGUUACUCCUCAUCUAUUAUUCCUAAGAUGCUUGUGAACUUUGCGUCAGAGAAAAAUAUCAUCUCCUAUUCAGGGUGCAUGGCUCAGUUAUUUUUCUUUUGUUUCUUUGUAGUUUCAGAGUCCUUCCUUCUGUCAGCCAUGGCGUAUGAUCGUUAUGUUGCUAUCUGUAAGCCACUGCUUUACAACAUCACUAUGUCCUAUCAGGUCUGCUCUCUGCUAGCAUUUAGUGCCUAUGUGAUGGGAUUUUCUGGUGCCAUGCCCCACACAGGAAGCAUGCUGAGACUGUCUUUUUGCAGCAACAACAUCAUCAAUCACUAUAUGUGUGACAUACUCCCUCUCCUGGAGCUCUCCUGUACUAGCACCUAUAUCAAUGAGUUGGUUGUUUUCAUUGUUGUGGGCAUUGACAUUGGAGUCCCCACUGUCACCAUCUUUAUCUCUUAUGCUUUAAUACUUUCUAGCAUUCUCCAUAUUAGCUCCACAGAGGGCAGGUCCAAAGCCUUCAGCACCUGCAGCUCCCAUAUAAUUGCUGUUUCUCUUUUUUUUGGGUCUGGUGCUUUCAUGUACCUCAAACCUUCUUCUCUUCUAUCCAUGAGCCAAGGGAAAGUAUCCUCUGUUUUCUACACCAUUGUGGUGCCCAUGCUGAACCCCCUGAUCUACAGCCUGAGGAACAAGGAUGUAAAAUUGGCCAUGAGGAAAAUCCUAAGCAGGAGAAUAUUCUGA